AUGGACAAGGCUAAACAGGUAACAUCUCCCAUUGCUCCUCAUUUCAAACUUACACAAGCUCAAUCACCUAAAACUGAAGUAGACAAAAGGUUCAUGGAUAACAUACCAUAUGCAUCAUGUGUUGGGAGUCUUAUGUACUCUAUGGUAUGCACAAGACCAGAUUUGGCCUAUGCAAUGAGUGUUGUAAGUAAGUUCAUUGCCAAUCCUGGCACUGAACACUGGGCAGCAGUCAAAUGGACUCUCAGAUAUGUCAAGGGAACCUUGGACAUUGGUUUAAAAUUUCACAAAGACAACAUUUCUCCCUGUGAUGUCACUGGCUAUGUCGAUUCAGACUAUGCAGGAAGCAUAGACACCAGAAGAAGCCUCACUGGUUAUUGUUUUACAGUUCUAGGUGGAUGUGUUUGUUGGAAAUCUAAUCUACAAAAGGUGGUUGCACUAUCUACAACUGAAGCUGAGUAUAUGGCAGCCACAGAAGCAAUAAAAGAAGCAGUUUGGUUGAAAGGAUUUGCACAAGAAAUGAAGAUUAAUGCCACUGAUAUCACUGUCUACUGUGAUAAUCAGAGUGCUCUUCAUUUGAUGAAGAAUCCAAUGUUCCAUGAAAGAAGUAAACACAUUGACAUUAGACUCCACUACAUCAGAGAAAUUAUUGCAAGUGGUGAAGUGCAAGUGAAGAAGGUUAAGACAGAUGACAACCCUGCAGAUGUGAUGACCAAGUGUGUGACUUUAGCAAAGUUUAGACAUUGUCUAAACUUUCUCAACAUCACAACACUGCAGUGA